CCUUCCACUUAAAUUCAUUCUUUCUGCCACUAUCUUUUUUUUUUUAUAUAUGUAUAUACUUGAUAAUAAUAAUUAAACAAGAUUCUGCAUACUGUUUUUUGAUCUUGGAAUCCAUCUCAACUUUUAAAAAUUUAUCUACUUUGAGGUUCUGCAGUAAGCUGAUCACAUGAAGGACACUUCCAUGAGUUUGUCAAAAAGGAGAUCAAAAUCGUUACUUUGUGGCACUUUUUUUGGGGUUAUACUAGUCUCUGCGGCUUUCUUUAUAGCUAGCGCAAUCAUCAUUGUAAAGCAUAAACAGUUUCACAACUUACGGGGCAUCUUGGUUCAGAGGAUUCCUGAGCUACGAAAGGUUGAUGCCAAACAAGCUAUGCCAACAAAUGUUUGUGAGAAUUAUUGCAGUCAAGAUGGGAGUGAAGCAUUACCAAAAGGAAUUGUAGUCAAAACAUCUGAUCUAGAGAUGCGGCCAUUAUGGGGACCCCGUAAAAAGAGGAAAAACCCCAAAUCACCGAUGAAUUUAUUGGCUAUGGCAGUUGGAAAGAAGCAAAAAGCAAAUGUUAAUGAAAUGAUCAAAAAGUUCCCAGCAGACGAUUUUGUGAUCAUGCUCUUCCAUUAUGACGGAAUUGUGGAUGACUGGAAGGAUUUAGAAUGGAGCAGUCGUGCCAUACAUCUUUCUGCUAUUAGUCAAACAAAGUGGUGGUUUGCUAAGAGGUUCUUGCACCCAGAUGUUGUCUCAGAGUAUGCUUACAUUUUUCUCUGGGAUGAAGAUCUUGGUGUCCAAAAUUUUGAUGCUGGAAGAUACAUAGCCAUUCUUAGAAAAGAAGGACUUCAUAUAUCACAGCCUGCACUUGAUCCUGAGAAGUCAGAGGUGCAUCAUGAAAUGACAACACGAGAAAUAGGAUCAACGUUACACAGAAGGAUCGAAAGAAUGAGUCGCUCAAAAAAGCAUUGUUAUAGAAACAGUACAGAUCCUCCUUGCACAGGGUGGGUUGAGAUGAUGGCUCCCGUAUUCUCAAAAGAAGCAUGGCGUUGUGUAUGGUAUAUGAUUCAGAAUGACUUGAUUCACGCAUGGGGAUUGGACAUGCAAUUAGGCUAUUGUGCACAAGGGAAUCGAACGCAAUAUAUUGGGAUUAUUGACUCUGAGUAUGUUGUUCACUAUGGUCUUCCUACACUCGGGGGAUCUGAAAACAAGACAAAUAGUGAAUCAUCAAAACAGCCUUCACAGGAUGCAGUGUCAUUGGAAACCAGUCACAUUGAUAUAAGAACUGAGGUUCGAAAACAAUCAUUUAACGAACUAGAAACAUUUAAGAGAAGAUGGCGAAAAGCAGUUCAAGAAGAUGACUGUUGGGUUGAUCCAUACAACCAACAUUGACAGAGACUAAUAUAUAUAUAUAUAUAUAUAUAUAUUAUAUAUAUACAUAUAUGCAAUGACCACAAAUUACCUUUACUUACAAUAAUUUUACAAAUAGUCAAUAUACAUGAUUUUCUCAAAUUCAUAUGUAGUUCACAAAUAACAAUGAUUAAUUAUAAAUAUAUAUAUAUAUAUAUAUAUACCAUCCUUAUGUUUUCGAUUAUAUACUCGUAUGAAAAAAGAGAUUUGUUUACGAAUUCAACUUAUAAUUUGGAUAAUGUUAUAGGAUCACACAAUCAAAUUCGAACCUUUCUGCUAACAAGCCCAGCAAUAAUCGUUCCCAGUUCUUCACCAGUAUCCUCCUGUACAUGAUGUCCUGCCUGCAAAGCAAAAUGUCGCCACAUAUAGUAUGUGUUACCCAGAAAUAUUGGAUGCUGCAAAUAUAAUUUAAGGAGGUAGCAAUCCUGGCCCAUAUACUUAUGAAUGGGUCGAUCCAGGUUAUGGGUUUGGAAGUCGGCCUGCAUAAAGUCCUGCAUAAAUCUUUUCUCAAGUAAAUGUAUUCCUUUCCAUGUGCUAUAAGUUUUGUAAUCAUGUUUGACACAAUAUUUUUCUAUUUAGGAAAGGAACAUUAAAACUUUGACCAAAA